UGGCCGCCGUCGACGACACGCAGGGAUAUUUUCUGGUAACUAGUUUGUGAAAGUUCAGUAAAAGGUCAGUCCGGCGGUCUCAACUAAAGUUGAGUAUUUUUAAAUGUCCGCCUGCUGUUUACUCACUUAAUCUAAACAUGUUGGUGGAGGAGGUUAAACAGCUGAAAGUGGCCGAGCUGCGGGCCGAGUUGCGAGGACGAGGGCUGGACUGGAGAGGGCUGAAGGCCGGGCUGCAGGCUCGCCUGAUCUCGGCACUAGCAGCUGCACAGACUGCAGGAGAAGCCGCCCUAGACGAAGCGAGCUCUCCUGAAGGUCCGUGUCAGAGCGCUACCGUGGGGACGGGCGUUACCGAGGUAGUAGCAGAAGGCAGCUGUGAAGCUCCCCGGGAGGAACAUCAACCACAGCCUGCAGACUCUGGACCCAGGUCGCUGGCUUAUGUCGACCAAAGCACACAAACUGAAACCGAGCCUACAGCCAACACGAGCCUCUCCCAGCCGCCCUGCUCGUGCUCUAAAAGAAGAAAAGAGGAGGAAGUCAAACUGCUAGGUUCUGAAAAACUGGAGCAUUUUAGAACAAACUGCCAGCUUCCCAACGAGACAAGCCCUGAAACCAAGUGUGGAGAUCAGGAGGCCUCGCAGCAGGCCAGUGUCAGCCCUGUAGAAGGUCCUCCUGCUGCUGCUGCUGCUGAUGGUGAAGUGUCUGCAUGUUCUUCAUCAGUGUCCCAGCCUGACUGCACAUCUACUGAGGAUGAACAGUCACCCUACAGGGCACCCGCCACAUUGGAGACAAGAGUGGACGGGCAGAACGAAGGCAUGAACGUCAAGAGGCCUCAUGAAGAAAAGGGCAGGGAUUAUUAUGAGUUUAAAGAGGAGAUUCAAUAUAACAGAGCCAAAACUCCAGAGCCUGGUCCAGAGAGUGAAGAUGACAUGGAGAUCGAUGAUGAUGAUGUGGUUAGGCUUGAUCUCUACAACAGUGACCUGCACUUUGAAGUGGAUGUGGACGGGUGCAGUGGUCAGCCAUUACUCUGGGAGAAGUUCCCUCUGCUGCGGUCAGGGUGUCGAUUGACCCAUGGAUUCACUCAGGGAAAAACAGGAUUUGAAGUCAAGUUGGUGAAGACGUUGUCAGCAGCUACAGUGGACAUGAGUUUCGACCCUGAGCCAUAUGUCCUCAGAGUGGGCUGGUCUGUGGACAGCGCAAGCCUUCAGCUAGGAGAGGAGGAGCUGUCAUUUGGUUUUGAUGGAGCGGGCAGAGCAGUGACUGCAGGAAAAGCAGAGGAAUUCGGGGAGCCUUUGUCCGAGGGAGACGUCAUUGGCUGCUAUGCGGUCAUCAGUGAAGGUGGCGAGGCAGAGCUCUCGUUUCAUAAAAAUGGACACUCGUUGGGGGUGGCUUUUCAUAUUACCUCUUCCGCCUUAGGUGGACGAGCCCUCUACCCACACAUUUUGUGUAAAAACUGCUCUGUUACCCUGAACUUAGACCCCCAGGGGACAGCGUGGUAUCCUGCGCCUCCUGGUUAUUACCUUUUGCCCGUACUUCCAUCUGCACAGCGGACACGGGCCUCUCUGCCCCCACCACAUAGGAAGGAGUGUGAGGUACUGAUGAUGGUUGGCAUGCCAGGAUCAGGAAAGAGCCACUGGGCUCAAAACCACUUGGCCAAAAAUCCAGAGAAGUGUUACAAUCUGCUAAGCACAAACACCAUCCUUCACUGCAUGAAGCUGCCAGGCCCCGAACACAAAGAGGUACUGCUACAGCAGGCCACACAGUGCCUCGCUCACCUAAUCAGAAUAGCAGCAAACAAGCGAAGGAACUUCAUCCUGGACCAGGCAAACAUUUACCCAUCUGCUAGGAAGCAUAAGAUGCUGCGUUUCCAUGGUUACCAGAGGAGGGCAGUGGUGGUUGUCCCGUCAGAUGCAGAGUGGAGGAGGCGUCUCCAGCAGCAGCAGCAAGAUGAGGGUGUGGAGGCACCUGAAAUGUCUCUGCUGAAGAGCAAAGUGAGUUUCACUCUCCCGGAGCAGGGGGAGCUCUUUGAGGACAUACUGUUUGUGGAACUGUGCCAUGAAGAGGCGGAAAGACUCCUUACAACUUAUAAAGAGGAGGCCAGACGUCUCCUACCUGCUCCGCCCAAACGCAAGAAGCACCAAAACAGGCAUCCCAAAUUUCACAUGAAUGUACAAGGCAGAGCACAUGGAUGGAGCCAAAGCUCAUGUAGGCGCCAUCCAUACUCCCAGUCCCAGUGGCGACACCAGAAACAAUACGGUUGGCACCCCUGCACCUAUAUUCAACCUUAUGGCUGCAACAGCGAUCCACAACGGUAUAGAGACUACUACCAGCCAUGCACUGGACAGUGGAACACUUGUGACCAAAGUCAGAGUUACUAUAGUAACCAAGAUAAUUAUUUUGGCAGUCAAGUUUUUUGGUAAGUUAAGAGGCCAGUGUAAACAUUGAUUUUAUUAGCAUUUGUUAAGCGCUCAAAUUGAGCUUUUAUAGCUUGUAGUCCUUACAAGCUUUAAACACAUUAUGGUCUCUAAUGCUGUCAUACAGAAUAGCACAAGCUGCUGUAAUAAAGACAAUCCAGUGUGGUUUUCAUACACAGACUGCCCUUCAAUUUGUUCUGUCUGUAGUCUUUGAUUACGUGUUUUGAUUACAACAUUCAAAGAUUUUUUAUUUAAAAAAUUCACAAACUCUAUACUUGAAUUUUAACUGUGUACACAUUGCUGAAAUAUAUUUACACUACAGAAGAAACUGUACAUUGCAUUUUUAGCACAAGAUUUAAUAAAGUAUUAACAGACUUAUUCAGAUGAACUGAAUUCUCUUACAUUCUAAAAGGUAUAAAACUAUAAAAGUUGACAGCUGCAUCAGUGUGAUUUUUAUACAUUUUUAUAAUAUGAGCUAAAUUUGACAAGCUUUUGCUAUGUUGGUAAAAACCUUGAAAAUGUGUCUUGCUGUGAA